AUGCCAAUUCCACUCGACGUGGCCGAAAGACAUCAUCAAAAACUAAAGCACCAAAGCUCCUUUGACCGCCUAUUCGUUCGUCGCUUUUUCAAUAUCACUCGGUUACUAUGUUCACCAUCAAAUCCUGAAGGAAACAUUUUAUGGGUUUUCUUGAUUUUUGUAGCGAUAAGUUGUGUCAAUCAAGUCACGGUAUAUUAUGCUGGUACUCUGCCAAGUCGGUUUUACAAGACACUAGUAGGGCAGGACUGGUACAGCUUUAAAUCGAUUGUUGCAUUAUCUAUUACUAUUGUGCUGAGCGCUGCUUUGGGAAGAAGUUUGCUUAAAUUUAUGGGUGGACUUUUUGCAUUAACAAUAAGAAGAAUAUUGACUAGACAUAUACAACGACGAUAUGUACAGCCAAAUACAUUUUAUCGUCUAUUGACAAACCUAACAAAUAUUGAUAAUCCAGAUCAGCGAAUAACUCAAGAUAUCGAUAAAUUCGCAGAAACUCUACGACUAAUCUGCGAAGACAUUAUAAUUUCACCUAUUCUUAUCGCCUACUAUACAUACCUAUGCUGUCGAUUUUUCAUUGUGCCUAUUGUGAAUUUGGUAUUUAUGAAAGAGUACCACGAGGGGAAUCUUAGCUGGGGUGAACGGGCAGAAGUAAAAAGUCUAGAUGCCCAUCUACAAUCUGUCCUAUAUUACCAAAGACAGAUAAUUGAUAAAGAAUUAUCAUUACAAGUUAUCACCGACUCGUUCGCUUAUUUUGGAUCGGUCAUGAGUUACCUGAUCAUUGCCAUUCCCAUAUUCAGUCAAAAAUACGAAGGGAUUGGGACAGAUGAACUUAGUAGGUUAAUAAGUUUGAACGCGUUCCUGUCAUUAUACCUCAUAUUUAGAUUUACCCUAAUUGUACAACAAUCAAGCAAAGUAUCAGAUUUGGCAGGUUACACGGCGCGUAUCGGGCAACUGAUGGAGGCGAUCUCUGAUAUUAAUAAUGAAUUGGAUAAUGUAAAUAUUGAUUUUCCCGCAGAAUUGGUAAUAGAGUUUGAAAAUGUGACAAUUUGCUCUCCCACUGGUACAUCACUACUCACCGACCUCAAAUUCAUGAUCGAGCAAGAAAAAAAUGUUAUGAUUAUUGGACCGAACGGAAGCGGCAAGACAUCAAUUCUGAGAGUGAUGAGUGGCCUCUGGCCAGCCACACGAGGACGGGUCAUAUUGCCACAAGCAAAUAAUAAACAAAAGGUUUUGAUGUAUUUACCGCAGACGCCGUAUUUGGUUUUUGGAUCAUUACGGGAGCAGAUAAUCUACCCGAUGACUAGUUCUGAUAAAAAAAUUACAAUCACUGACGAAGGAAUUCGAGAGCUAUUAUCACUUGUUAAAUUAUCACAUAUUGAAAGCAUCGUCCGUAAUUUUGAUAUAAAGUAUGGACAAGACUGGGAGAAAAUGCUGUCUCCUGGGGAACAGCAAAAACUGGCAUUCGCUAGAUUGUUUUUCUGGAAGCCCGUCUUCGCAGCAAUUGAUGAAGCAAGCAGCGCUCUAGACUCAAACACCGAAACACUAUUUUUCGAAACAUGCAAAGAAUACGGCAUCACCUGUAUCACUGUAUCGCAUAACAAGAACUUGCUGCAAUUCCACGAAAAAGUGCUGUUACUGGAUGGAAAGGGACAGUAUGCGACUAGUGAUAUAGACAUUAAUGGGUCGAAGGAUAUCGAGCGGUGGAUCGAGGGUACAUUGAAAUCGCUAUCGUAG